AUGGCCUUUAGCAAUCUGACAUCAAAGGCUGUACUACUGUAUGAUGAAUGGAUUAAAGAUGCAGAUCCAAGACUGGAAGGCUGGCCACUCAUGUCUUCCCCUUUUCCAACAACCUUUAUCAUUGGAACCUACAUUUAUUUUGUCACGUCUUUGGGACCCAAACUCAUGGAAAAUAAAAAACCAUUUGAACUCAGGCAGAUAAUGGCGUUUUAUAAUUUCAGUGUGGUAGCACUCUCUGUGUAUAUGACUUACGAAUUUCUUAUGUCAGGUUGGGCCACAGGGUACUCAUUCCGUUGUGAUAUCGUUGACUACUCAAGGUCACCUACAGCUCUAAGAAUGGUACGAACUUGUUGGCUUUACUACUUUUCCAAGUUCAUUGAAUUAUUAGACACUGUGUUUUUUGUGCUGCGUAAGAAAAACAACCAAGUUACAUUCCUGCAUGUCUUUCAUCAUUCCAUCAUGCCAUGGACCUGGUGGUUUGGAGUCAAAUUUGCUCCAGGUGGUUUAGGAACAUUUCAUGCUUUACUGAACUGUAUUGUCCAUGUUGUCAUGUACACUUACUAUGGAAUCUGUUCUUUGGGGCCAGCCUAUUACAAGUAUUUGUGGUGGAAAAAAUAUAUGACAACUAUACAAUUGAUCCAGUUUAUUUUGGUUACAGGCCAUAUAGGACAAAUCUACAUCAUGGAUGAUUGUCCAUACCAGUAUCCAAUUUUCAUGUUUAUUAUUUGGCUAUAUGGCUCUAUGUUUUUAGUCUUGUUUCUCCACUUCUGGUACCAUGCUUACACGAAGGGACAAAGACUACCAAAGAUGGCAAGAAAUGGGAUCAGCAAAGAUCAGUGA